UGUUUUUUCGUGUCGAAUUCCCAUGUUCUCUUCACCAGGGAAAUACUUACAUAGCAACGAUAAGGCUAGCAUUGAGAGUGAAAAUUUCGCAGUUUUAUUUAACGGUUAUAAUUAAAAUUAUCCUGCUAAGUGAAAGAAAACAUAAAAGUUAAGUUUUUAGUUGGAAUAUGUCUCGGCAAGCUUCUAGAUUAGAUCCAAAGAAAGUGAGUUGCGUAGAGUGGCCACCCUCGCUCAAAAAUGGCUUCAUUCGAUUUUACAGUAAGGCAUGUUAAAACUGUAAACUUCGUAGAAGCAUAAGAAAAUGGAGAAUGCAACUACUGGAGAUACAAGUAACGAGCAACAACAGGUAACGGAAGCGGGUAUAUCCACUAAUGCAACGGUAGGAACAAAUCAAAUACAAGUUAUACCAAUUCCUGUAAUGGCCGCAGGGGGAGGAGCUCAAAUUAUAAUUGGACAACAGCCGCAGCAAAUGGCUGGUCUGCAACCGCAACUUAUACCUCUUCAGACCAAUCAAAUAAUGCUACAGCAACCGCAUCAAACGUCACAGCCUAUGCAACUCAUGCAAUUGCCCGAUGGGCAGGCAUUAUUUUUUCAAUCUCCUGCUGUGACGAGUGAAACACCGCCUCCAAACAGUACACAGCCAACCAUACAGCCACAGUUUAUAAGCAUUAACGGACAACUUAUGCAAAUAGCGACUGCAGUUUCUACUCAACAACAAGGUCCUAGUAGUACAGCCACAGCCUUGGGUCAGCAAAUUAUUAUGAUGCCUCAGGCAGCAGCCACAGUUGCAACGGCCUCAACUCCAGUGGCCGUGCCUAAUUCUACAGCAAGUGCAGUUGCUUCAUCAACUACUACCAACCAACCUUCAUCUACAACUGUUUCUACGGCUUCAAUUUCUGGGGCGGAAUCGAGUUGCCCAACUAAUUCUGAUGACGCGGUCGGGCAAAAUGAGCCAGAAGAGGAACCACUCUAUGUGAAUGCGAAGCAAUAUAAACGCAUUCUUAUACGACGUCAAGCCAGAGCUAAAUUAGAAUCACGUAUUCCUAAAGAGCGUUCAAAGUACUUACACGAAUCUCGCCAUCGUCACGCUAUGAAUCGAAUUCGUGGCGAGGGUGGCCGCUUUCAUUCAGCUCAAGAAAAAGGCGAACAACAGCAUGGGGCGGGAUCAGAACAACAACAAUCUUUACAACAGUCACGUGCUAGUACACCCCGUGCUCCACCCAGGGUUAUAGCUCCCCACCAAACUGCACCGAAUAUUACCAUAACGGCUAUUAAAUAGCCAGCCCAAUUUCUCAUAUCAAAUUCCCGCCUCUACAUUUAGCUGUAUGUAGAAUUACGAAAGUUAUACCGCAUGUGUGAUGCGUGCUUAACGUUAAAAAUUGUAGCUAAAAAUAGAAUAAAACUUAGGACUCUAUACGAAAUGAAAAACACUGGCAUCCAUACCAAACAAAACCUCUUCUCUUCAUUCAUAC